CUCCCCCCGCCACCCCCAACCCUUUCUCGCGCAGCCACGGCGAACACCUGAUGGACAUCUCCACGGCCCUGCUCCUCCUCUCCUUAGUCACCGCCUACCUCCUCUGGUUCACCUUCAUCUCCCGCUCCCUCUGCGGCCCCCGUGUCUGGCCGCUCCUCGGCAGCCUCCCGGGCCUCAUCAAGAACUGCGAGCGCCUCCACGAAUGGAUCUCCGACAACCUCCGCGCCAGCAGAGGCACAUGUCAGACCUGCAUCUGCGCGGUUCCGUUCCUCGCCAAGAAGCAAGGGCUCGUGACCCCAUCGCCAAUCCCCUUACCCAGUUCCGCCGCCGUUCCCCUCCUCCACCCAGCCACUCCCCUACUCCGGCGGCGAUUGUUGGAAAGAAGAAGCUAGAUCUCUUCGAUCUAGUCUAGAGAUGCAGCCAUUCAGCCAGAUCUCUAGAUCGAUUCUGAAUAUAGGGAUUAGUGGGUG